AUGACGUACUUUGUCACAUGACUCAAUGUUUUGCUCGUUUCGCCGGGUGCCUUUACGUUUGACACUUCUGCUUCCCGAAACGUCUGUCGGACCUCACUUUUUCUAUAAAGAAUUUACUGUGGGUUAAGCAGCAACAUGUUUUAUUCAGACGUCUGACUUGCUGGAUAAUUUGUUUUCAGAGACCAAAACGUUAAAUCUUCUGAACAAGCUUAGCUAGCACAUUAGCAUCAGCAUCACUGGAGUGUAACUAUGGCGGCAGUUGACAGCUUUCAGCUUUUGUACAGAGAAAUUUCUCGGUCGUGCAGUUCUUAUUUUGAGACUCUGGCCCUGGUCGGUGCACUCUACAUGACCAGCAAGGCGGUGAUCCUGUUGAGAGACUGCUGCACUUUGGUCAGGGUGCAUUUCCUGCCGAGAAUGAUCCCCAGCAAGAAGCUGACCCAAAGAUAUGGUGACUGGGCUGUUAUUUAUGGAGCAUCAGAGCCUGUAGCCAAGGCGUAUGCAGAGGAGCUGGCCAGACAUGGCAUCAGCAUUAUCUUUGUCACUCAGGACCACACCUCUGUCAGAGACACCGCUGCAUCCCUCUCUCAGAGCUACGGAGUGGAAACUGUUGUUGUCCUAGCUGACUUCUCCCUGGACCAGGCAGCCAGCAAACCUAUUAAAGAAGCCAUAAGGGGUAAAGAUAUCGGCUUCCUGGUGAACUGUGUGGAUGAGUCUUUGACUUCCCCCCAGAGCCUGAUUGAAAUGCCCGAGCACAGCCUGUUGGACUUGGUGAAUAAGAAUGUGGCAGUCGCUACUCUGAUGGCCCGGUUGGUGCUGCCGGGGAUGGUGGAGCGCAGCAGAGGUGCUGUGGUCAACAUAUCAUCAGGCGCCUGCUGCAGACCUCUGCCUGGAAGAGUGACGCUCACAGCCUCUACUGGCUACCUGGAUCAUUUCUCAAGAGCUCUUCACCUUGAGUACAGUGGCAGAGGGAUCUUCAUUCAAAGUCUGAUUCCCUUCCAGAUAGCUUCAAGUGGCCGACAACCAUCAACAUCCACAUCAACAUCAUCAAGAGAAGGCUGGUUUGUGCCAAAACCAGAUGUUUACGCCCGUCACGCCAUCUCCACCCUGGGCGUCUCUAACAGGACCACCGGCUACUGGCCUCAUACACUGCAGUAUGGACUGAUGAGGUGUAUUCCAGAGUGGAUUUGGGUUCUUGGAUCACAUGUGUUCAUCACUUCAAGCUAAGAGCUCACUUCUGUCCUCACAAAGACUUAAUCUGGUUACUGGUUCUUCUCAUUAUUGGAGUCAUGUGUAGAGGUUUAUUUAAGUUUCUUUGGUUGAUAAAGAUUAGGUCUGUUUGAUAACUCCCAGGCUCUGUUGAGGACUGUAGUUAUCGGGAUUCUCUCCUAUCAAUCUGGUAUCAAUUUCAAGGUAAGCUGCAGUGGCACUUGGAAACAAUGAGUGAAUUUAUACAUAUUACUCCUUAAGUACUUGAAUGUGAUCUGACAAAUUCCUAACUUUACCAUAGAACACAGUGCACAGACACAAGGUUGGAAACUGGGUUUGGCUUGUUCUGAUUGUGAACUUUGAUUUGAUUCUUGUCCCAACUGUGCCAGAUAAUUAUUUUACAAUACUCUAACAUAAUUUGGUUUGGUGCCUAGACUUCAAUAGCGCGAGCCUCCAUAAAGUUUCAACCCACUGAACGAUUAUACUAAGAGAUUUAAAUACCUGGUUCAUUUUAGAUAAAACUGAUCACAUCACAAUGAAUUUAGGCAAUAAAUUCAGACUUUCAGCGACAUGCACAUUUGACCACAAGGAUCUCUUUCCAGCUGUAUUAACCUGCAUCCUGGGUGAUUUGAUUCUAAUCAAAGGGGUUUUGGAAACAUUUAAAGAAGCUCUGAUGUGUUUUAUUUUCUUUAACUUGUGUAUGCUGACAUCUGAUUUCCCUGAACUUUCAGGUUGUGCUGCUUUUUACCUGCACUGACAACGCCCAUUGGACUGACACACACACAGCUGACAGUAUGUGCCCAAAAAACAGACCUAAUAUUAUUUAAAGUUACAGAAACAGACUGUUCACACAGGUAAUAUUCUUGAUUUGGUGGUAUUUUUUUUGUUCAUUUACAAGACAAUCAUCAGAUUUGAGUGUAAUUUUGCCAAAUGUAUGCUUAUCAAAAUCUGAGAAACUUGUUCACUGAAAGUGGAAAAGACACAUUUUUAGCAAACACUCUGGAUUGUGACCAAAAGAUAAAACCAAGAUAUGCCAGUGGGGUGUUAUACAUUAUUUUAAAAAAGGGUGUGGUCCUGAAUGAAGAGUGAUAGCUUUAGGUGAAUGUGGUGUCAUUUCUCAGAGCAGAGGAGUCGAGCAUCUCCAGCAGUGUAUUUAAAAUGCAAUGAAGAGUGAGAUUGUGAUGUGUUGUUUUGUUGAGAAACUAUAUUUGAAAUACAUUCAGUAUAUUGUGUGUAGAUAUUGCUGAAGUAUUUGUAUUAAAAUGGGAACAGAUUCCUAUACAGUAUAUUGUGCUUACUGUGUUGAAUCAUGCAGUAAAAUAUACAGUACAAACAUCUGGUGUGUUGAUAUAUAUAUAUAUAUAUAUAUAUAUCAUAGUACAAAAUCAGACCAAUAAACGUGUCCUUCAUUCCCA